GCGCAAUCCGACUAGUGUGCAUUGCCGGUAUGUUUUGUUGUGAUUGCCAAGCAUUGAAAGCAUUGAACUCAGCUUUGAAAUACUUCUGCCGCAGGAACUUCUCAGUCAGCAUUCAACGAAUGAAUCGAUUAGCAGAAAACCAUCUAUUCGAUAUAGAUGGAAGCGUUUUGGAGGGGGGCGGUCAAAUCUUGCGGAUGUCAUUAUGCUUCAGUGUGCUCACGAAAACACCGGUACGCAUUCGCAACAUUCGGCAAGGUCGUAAAAAGCCGGGACUAGCAGCUCAACAUUUGGCCGGUGUGGAGCUGAUGCGAGACAUAUGCCAAGGCCGGGUACAUAAAGCUGCACUCGGCUCAACGGAAAUCGAAUUUUACCCCGGACACAUCGGCCAUGGAAGAUUCGUCGGGCACAUCCAGACCGCAGGAAGUAUCACCUUGUUGCUGCAAGCCACACUACCCGUGGCUAUAUUUAGUUCCGGUCCAGUAACACUGGAUUUACGUGGAGGCACAAACACGGAUCUGGCGCCGCAGGUUGAUUUCUUGACCGAAAUAUUUCGUCCCAAUAUGGAACGAUUUGGUGCCAGCUUUGAUUUCGAUUUGGUACGCAGGGGUUACUUUCCCAAGGGCGGAGGACAAUGUGUGGUGGAAGUAAGGCCAGUACAAUCACUACGACCCAUCAGUUUGGUUGAUGUGGGCACAGUGACCAGAUUCUUUGGAUGGAGUUUCGUCGCUGGUGUGCUUCCAUUGAAGAUUGCACAUGAGAUGUCUACUGGGGCAAAAUCAAUCCUCAACCAAAUAACCGGCAGUAGAGCAGACAUUGAAAUCUACAAAGAAAGUAUAGACAUGGCACCGGAGGGAAAUUGUUCGGGCAUUAUUGUCGGCUGUGAAACGAGCACUGGAGCCAUCCUUGGCGGUUCCGCACUCGGUGAGGCAAGGAAGAAAAGUUUUCAAAGUGGCGAAGAAGCUGCAAAUGAAAUUCACAGCGCCCUAUCGGUUGGUGCCUGUGUGGACCGACACGUGCAAGAUAUGAUGAUCAUUCUGAUGGCAUUAGCCGAUGGGAAGAGUCGUAUUCGCACUGAACCACUCACGAUGCAUACCAGAACUGCAAUCUAUGUGACGGAGUUGAUGACGAAGGCUAAAUUUAACAUAAUUGAAGAGGACGGCCGUAAUGUAAUCAUCGAAUGUGUCGGUAUUGGUCUGCGUAAUGUAAAUCUUCUUAAUACCGUAAGAACACACUGAGUGGCUUUAUUAACCAUUCCAUAAUUUGGGCCGUCAUCCGUUUUGGUCUUUCGGAUGUCCAUAGUACAUAUGCGCAGGUGCUGUUCUCUGUAUGUUGCGUUGUUGCGUAGUCGAUCCCGCAUGGAAGGAACAAAACUCGAUGGCACACCUUAGAGCACCACCAACCAAUAUGUUCUCUACCACAUUCAUCUAUUACACCUCGAGUGCACGAAAUUGUUUAAUGGCCAAACGUAUGCAAAGCCCGUACAGAGUGUGUAUCGUACAGCGACAAAGCGUAAUGUAGAUCGAUCAAUCGAUCGCGUUUGCGCUAGGCGAUCGUCUUCCAUUGGCCAGCUAUCCACGGCAGCACGGGGUGUUCGUCGCUCGUCGAUGAAAACCAACGCUCCGGACCGUUUCCAACCCCGUGGUCCCGGUGCCCGGUGCGCGCGUUUAAACAAAGGAAAUGGACGCUGCAGUUAGAGGAACGAGCGGGCAAACACCGAUCGGCCUAACGGUGAAUGUUUGCGUGGCUGUUUGUGUGGAUGUGUUUGGAAGGCACCGGGGGAUAGCAGUGCCCGUGUGCUCGUGUUCGGACCAAACAGGCCAACGGUUGAGAAAAAUAGCGUGGCCACAGUGCAAAGCACCACAUUGUAUCACCGUGUAUACCGGCAGCGGAACGCGAUCGAAGCUACAGCGUGCGAGAUUAACGCUAACAUCGUGCGACGCGACUUGCGUAGGGACCGUUUGUUAAGGGACGCGCAGAGAAAGCUCUAUGGCAGCCCACAAAAACCACAACCACCGGGUGUUCUGGUGGCACAACGGGAAGGGUGCGUGGGUUUCGUGGAGGUAGCACAAUGGUACACUGAAAUAUGGCCGAUCGGAGCAGAUUAUAAGGCAGGAAACUGGGGUUGUAACGGAAACUCGACCACUGUUGGGCAUCAGUUGGGGACCAGUUUCUGCUUUCAAGCAUGCCCUUCCCCCCCGACCGCUCCGCCCACGGUACGGCGGUGACCUAAUCCACCACAAAACCUUCAUCCGAUUCGUUAGCUCCAGCAACUUGCCGUACGGGUUUGCCCACGUCACAUCCAGCGCACAUACACACAUACACACGCCGCACCUCGCAUGUACAAGCCGUCAGACGACCUUCUCUUGGCGUGGUAUUUUUUUUCUUCAGGUUUGUCGCUUCACUGGCACACACCUUCUUUGAUGAUCGGUGUUUUUUUUUCUUCAAUGUUUUCUUCGAUCGCCGCCAGCGAAACUAACGAUAGAAACCCUUUUCCUUGUGCUAUCCAUUUGGGUCUCAGCUGGUGCUGUGGGGUAAGGUGUCACCCAGUUUGUUCCCCAUUCAAACGGGACACAUUUGGCUUUAAUGGGUAGGGGUUUCUGUAUUGAACACUCCUCUCGUCUUGAUAUCACGAUCGAGCGAUCAUCAACUCGAUGGUUUUUUUUGUGUAUUGGAACGUGCAGUUCUUGUUGGAUAACAUUGUUUUUAAUGCACCGAUAAAGUAAACGACAUCAUCAUCAUCACUAGCGAAUCUUUUCCUACAAACGCGUAUACCUCGGCGUGCUGGCAAAAGAAGCCCCAACAAAAAAAAAAAACUUCAAAUCUCUGCAUGUCCAUCGCUCCGUUCCCGGAUCGCUGUACGGCCGGAUUUUGGCUGUUGUGUUCUGGGCAACAAAUGUCUUGUUUCUUUUCUUCUCCUCUCGUUUUUACCUUUAUAUCGAUGCGAAGCUCUCCCUCUCUCUCUCUCUCUCUCACGCGAUCUCGCUGCCAUUGCGCGCAUCUUAUACGAUCGUGCGUGAUCGAGCUCUGGAGCGUUCUCUUGCUUUAGCUAUGUUGCGUCCUGCGUACUGCGCAACCAUCAUGAUCAUCGCCAUCAUCAUCCACUUGUCGUCCACUCUUCGUUCGGAGCACGCUCACUAUACACGGCUUUGCUGAUGGAACGUGCGCGCGUGUGUGUGUGUGCGAUGCUGCGCAUGUGCGUGAGAGAGAGAGAGAGAGAUGAAAACCACGGAAUGCGUGUGUGCGCAUCCGUUGGACGGUACGAGGCGAGGCAAGCGUUGGUUCAUGGGCUUUGAGAAAACAUCAAAUACACAGGCUACCGGCGUUACGCGUUUUGUUUUGCGCGGCCCCUGUUGUGGUACAGCAAAAGAAGGAAAGAAAAAAAAAACCCCCAGCACUGGACCCGUCCGUCGUUCGGAGCCGGUGAAUGGACGGUGAUCGCGACCGAUCACCGCGUCCGCGCAACAAGCAAACCAGAAGGAACUGGGGAAAAAGGGCACGUGGGGUUUCGAACCGUUUCGUGUUCCCUCCAUAAGCACCAACACCCAACAGCAGCACAGCAAACGCGGCCAUCGUUCGCGCGAUGUAUGCGUGGUGAGGUCGCGUAUGGACGUAACGCGUACACGGAGUCGGAACCGAGGAAACCUCUCGUCUGGAUGCAUACGAUCGUGUGCUCGUGGUGAUUCGGGAUGCUGUUGCUGCUGCUGCUGCUGCUGGAGUAAGAUGAAGGUUGGUGGCGUGGAGCUGAAAUUGAAUACCAAAAUACUCAACGAGCCAGGACGGGGGAAAAAAUAACACCAAGAAGAAUACGGUGGCACACACACACACAUGCGCUCACACAUAUAGGAGGUUGUUUAACAUAAAGGCCAUGAAAGAAGCCUUGCUUCAUGGCUGCAAUCUGGUGUGGAAGGCGACGAUUUUGGUUUGUUGAAGGUGUUUUUUUUUUGCUGGCUGGAAAAUGGUGGAGCCAUACAUCGGGACGGAUAAAAAUCUGCGUGUGUCUGUGUGUGUGUGUGUGUGGAUUUGUUGUUGUGUAUUUCAAUUCGUUGUUGCUUCUACGCAUGGGAUUAUAGCCCCAACACCGUGCAGGGUGUGUUCUGUUUCAAUUUGACGUUCUUUUUUUCUAUUUGUAUAACAGUGAUCCUCCGAUAGAAGAAUUGCCUAAAAUAGGGGUUGAUAUAGGGGGUGCGAGAAAGCUUGACGCGUUCUUAGGUUAAUAUAUAAUCUUUUGGUUGUUAUGGUAAUCCAUUCUAAACUUGAAAUCGUUCUGAUAAAGCAUAAGCUAUAAGUUACAAGUAGAACUCCCCCUAGCAUCGAACAGAUCAUCAUUUACCCUGUGUUGUACCUGACAGACGCGUUCGAUCGUACGCGGGGAUGAGAGCAGAAAAGCAUAAAGAUUAUCAAACCGAAAGGCACUCUCCGAAGCACGCGCACCGUUCGACGGGAAAGCAAGAGAGAAGCAGAAAAAUGGCCCGCCCGAGUACCGAGAUUAUUGGCGCGCUCUGACGGCCAACAGCGAGUCAAGGCAGCAGCAGCAGCAGCAGUGGAGGCGAAAACAGCCAGCACAUCCAUCGGCCAUCAUAAUUUUGGUGCGCGCUGCUCCAUCGUUUGCCGCCAUGGGACCGCGCCGGUGUUCCUGGGCGCGUGGGGGGCAGUGGCAGCAAACAAGGCGCAACGGGAACGUUCGGCGCAAUCGCAGUCGAUCGCACAGCCCCGUACCGCGUCGCGUCACUCGGGGGAAUCGGGUUUUGCUGUUGUUGUUGUUGUUGUUGUUGAAGCCCGGUAGCUACUGUGUGACCGUCGUGUGCUGCGUCAGGAGAGUCGCUACGUCGCUACCAAUGCCUCUGUCACUACGCAUGGAUCUUCCUCACAUUCUUCUCCGCUUUUUUGGGGCCACGGUUUCCCAAAGGCAAAAGAUUCCGUGCUAUCGUCGGAAGUGGUAACGUUGCUUCUCCCUUCGUUCGCGUUUUUGGCCCUCGCUUGUCAAAAACUUGUUCGUCAUGUUCUUGCUUUCUUUUUCUCACUAUCUCUCGCUCAUAUAAACACACAUACACACACUCGUUAACUCUCUCUCUUUCUCUCUCUCCCUUCUCGCGCUCAGCUUCUAGAGUUCGAACUAAUUCUUUCUUUGCCCUUCUUCAAGUGGACUACACACCGCCACGCCACGUAUAUCCCGCGGACUGUAGACGUGUCAGUGUAUAGUGCCGCGCGCGCAAACGCUAGUACUAAUACCUCCUCCGCUUCCCAACCAACAUCGGUUCUCUGCAUCGGUUUCCCGAUCGUCGCGGGCCCUUCAGUAUCGACUGUUGACUUUUUGAGCCGUAGCACAAUCGAUGAUUCUGUUCUAUUGCGAACGCGGCCCUGGCUUGAAAUGGAGCAACACAAAAAUCUGUUUGUAUCCCCCCCCUUUUCCGGACCGCUAGGUGAGCAUAGGAGGAGCAAACGAUUAUGUUUGGAAGUAGCAGCGUAACACCAAAAUCGGUUAAUCAACCCCCGAGUACCCGGGAAAAUGACACGUUUUCAUGUCAUGACAUUGAUUGUGCGAGUUACCGGUUGAUAAAUGAUUGAUCGUAAGAAACAUUUUAUUUUAUCUAACCAAUCGUUUGAUGGGGUUUUUAGGUACCUUAACUAGACAUCAGCAUAAAGAUACAUUGUUAUGCAAAGUUGCGUUAUCAUUAGUGAGAAGUUGAAGUUUUGCUUAAAUUCUUUAAUUUUGUUGACGACAAUGACGGGAUUUUUGAAGAAAUCGUUUGGCUAUUUAAACCAGGUGAGCUUGCAACUCGAUAGUUGAGGGAUUUUGAGAGAUGUGAAACUGUCAAUUGGAGUAAAAAAAAAUGGAAGAAAUUCGUGCUUUCGUCAUAUUUAUUAGAAAUAAUAACCUCGUUAGUUGGCAUACGAGUCAGCUUUUGAGAUGCUAACAAAUGAUCAACCCAACUAAAAUACAAUCAACCAGUGACUUCACUAACUAACUAAGCUAAAUCACACACACCCAGGGUUUGAAACUGAUUUUUUUAAAGACUAAAGACUUGCAAUUUAACAAACACAAAAGGGGAUAGUUAAUAUGUUUCUCCAGUAAUAAUGCUUCUCUCUCUCUCUUCUUGGCUUUAACGACCUUACAGGUCACGCCGGCCAUUUCUGGCUUACUAGACUCAUUUUUACCACGUAGCCGGAUAGUCAGUCCAUGCUACGGGGGGACGGUCCGGAUGGGAUUUGAACCCGGUCCAGCCGUGUGGACGAGUGCCCUAUUACUAAGCAAUUCAUUGUGCACUUGCUUUGACAUUAUUUGUAAGAUGCAAAGCUUAGUAUAAGAGAGAAGCAGUAUAUGCAUUUGUGAUCUAACACUACUGUAAAGAUUGCCAUAAUUCACCACUGGAAGAUUCCAGUGUCUGUGGCUAUGAAACAAAGAAAACCCUAUCGCACAUCCGCGUCAACCAUAUUUAACAAACGCUUCAAAAGUGUGGAAGUGAGGAAAAACGCAUCACUUUCCUUUCAGCAUUACUUCCGUCCAAACGAACUCAUCCGUUUCUACACCGUUUCUACACAUCUAUUACUACUACGGCGUCAGAACAGUCAUUUUUCUCUAUUUAUCUUUUGCCACCGGUCCGCCAUUUGGAUGGAAGAUGCACGAACGGGACAACGUACGCACAGUUUAAAUUUAAACUUUCGAGAAAACGGCAGGUGCUACUUCCCAUCCCCCGUUAUGCAUGUUUGUGGUUGAUUUUGGGGGGGAUUUUUGGAGGUGUUUGUGAGUGCGUAAUAAGUGCGCCGCUGGAAAAGAAACUGUCUCGAAGGAAGUGUCUGUACGAGCGAACUAGGAAAAGAUCCCGUAAACGUCUGGGCUGUUAGUAUUUGGAAGUACAAGAGAAGGAAAGGGAGGGGGGGAAGAUGAAGGAGAGAAGCGAGGAUUCUUAGAGGGCUUGAGCUUGAUGCUAAAUGUAUCUGUAUGAAAUUUAAAUUAAAGUAGACGAAACAAAUGAAAUUAAGUAUCAUAGUAGAUUAAGCUACGUUUAAAAAAAAAAUCAAUCAAACCCGUUAAUAAUGCUUGUCCUACAAAUUAUGGUCCACUUAUUAGCUUGCUUCUAAUUAAUGUUUUACGCGUAACGUAAAUUUUCGAACACACAAAUAUGCACCGGAGAGCUCAGCUCUGAUUACGGCAGCGGGGUACGGAUUAAGGUUUUUGGUAGAAUAAUUUGACAAUCAAUUAUAUUGCC